GAUUGGAUCUGUUGCUGGGUCUCCCAUUCGGGACUUUACCUUCUUCAACAGGGAGAGACAGCUCACUCUGAUGGCGACUUUCCAACUGUUGCUGCUGGGACUUUGUGUGACUACGUUCCUGGUCACUGAAGGGGCUCCUCCUGGUUUCACUCCAGCUCAGUGGUUUAAUGAGCAGCAUGUGCAGUAUCCCAAGACUAGGGCCCCCAGUGACAAUGUAUAUUGCAACAAUGAGAUGAGACGAGUCAAUCAGCAUCUCAGUCGGUGUAAAGAUAUCAACAGCUUCCUGCACUACCCACUUAACGAUGUCAUCAUGGUUUGUUUCCAGCCCAACAUCAACUGUACCCAUACUCAAAGGAAUGUAACCCGCACCAACUGCCAUAAUAGUACAAUAACUGUUCCGAUCACCAGGUGUGAAUGGAUCCCUCGCACUCGUCCCUGCCGGUACCGUGGCAGACCUAAACAGGCAUACUUUAUUGUUGCCUGUGAUCCACCCAGAGCAGCAGACCGCAGUAGAAGUACGUUGCUUCCUGUGCAUUUGGAUAAGGCUUAGGAGCCAGACCCCAUACUUAUAUCUCCUUGAUUUUUAAUUUUCCCACUAUUUUGCACUUUUGCGUCAAGAUGCACUAUGCAAAUCUGCUCUCUUGCUUUUUUUCUUGCACAAAUCUCAGUAAUCCUGUAUUUCCCAUGAAUAUAUCAAGAAUUCUCCUAGAAAAGGUUUUUAUGGGGUUGAGCCUUUCUGGAUGGCUUUAUCAGGGCAUGAGAUUCCCCUGUUACUCUUUAACCUGAUGCUUAGAGAUGAAAUUGACUUCCUUUAUUCUCCACCCUAGCAAUGAUGUGGAAUGGAAUCAUCUAUCUCUCCCACUCCUCACUAUUUCUUCACCUUUCCCAUCUUCCUUAACACCUUAGAUCCAAGUAGAAGGAAAAGGAGGAGGUAGAUAAGUAUGCUUUUAUUCUAGCUUCUGGCCAUCUCUUCACUCUGCUGCUUACACUCCUUUCUUCAUCCUCCAAUAAUAUCUUUUUCCACCUCUGGAUAUUCUGAUUCUGGGUACCACUCCCCCAUAUUUUUUGCAUUAUGGUUUUCCCUCUUUAAAAUGUAAGCUCCUUGAGGGCAGGGAUUAUCUUCCUUGCUUAUAGUUUUAUCUUCAGUGACUGGUACCUAGUAAUUGGUCAAUAAUGCUUUUCUAAACCUGGAAAGACUUACAUGAACUGAUGCAGAGUGAAGCAAACAGAACCAGGAGAACAUCGUACACAGUAACAGCAAUAUUGUAUGAUGAGCAACAAUGAAUAACUUAGUAAUUCUCAGCAACGCAAUGAUCGAAGACAAUCUCAAAGCACUCAUGAUGAAAAAUA